AUGCCUCCUUUAACAGCCGCAGAAAUCCUAGCUCACCCUGCCUACCAAGCAGUGGGAUACAACCUGUCUUCCACGUCCUCGGGAACAUGUUUGGUGGCGCGCAACCGCCGUGGCGGCCCAUUCAACCUGUACUACGAGAUCCAUGGCACUGGACCCGUGAAGCUAGUGUGGAUCAUGGGGCUCAACGCCUCUCACAAGGACUGGCGACGCCAGACCCGAUACUUCGGUCACCAGCACGGCUCCAAGUACUCGUGUCUUGUCUUCGACAACCGCGGCAUCGGCCAUUCCGACAAGAACAUCUCUUUCUACUCUACGUCGGAAAUGGCACAUGAUGCCGUGGAGUUGGUGAACUCCCUUGGCUGGAUCGACCUUACCAGUCCCCCGACACGGUCCAUCCAUGUCAUCGGCGCCAGUAUGGGCGGCAUGAUCGCUCAGGAAGUUGGUAUGCUUAUUCCCGACCGACUGGCGAGUCUAUCCCUGUGCUGUACGGCGCCGCGACUGGUUCGCACGGUCCCGUUCCUGGAGAACCUGCGAGAGCGUGCGAACAUGUUCAUUCCUCGACAUAUUGAUGUGGAGCUUGGCCGGUUGGCGCACUCGACCUUCGCGGAUCACUUUCUCGAUCAGCCGGACACGGAACAUGAGGAUCCUCAGUUGAAUUUCCCUACGAAACGGGACCGGUUUGCAGCGGGCAUUUUGAAGAAGAGAGAGGAUACAGAGGGGUUCACGAAGAAGGGGUUCCUGAUGCAAAUCGUGGCUUGCUAUUUCCAUCACAAGUCCUCACAACAGUUGAAGUUUCUAGGUGAUGCGGUGGGAAGAGAGAGGAUUUCCGUGCAGCAUGGUACGGAGGAUCGAAUGCUUACGUUUAGUCAUGGUGAGAUACUGAAGGAAGAGCUCGGGGAGGGUAUUCAGUGGACGGUUUAUGAGAGGACGGGCCACAUGCUGGGUUGGGAACGAGAAGUCGAAAUGAAUCAGCUGCUGGAAGAGUUUAUCCAGCGGUGGAGUUGA